AUGACUGCUUACACAACAAGCUCUGUACACACGCCGCUGCUCUCUCUUCACGAGGCAGACUCCGAUCAUCCCAUCUCGUUCCCAUUUGCUCUACGCAAUCCAAAUUUCGAGGAAGCACCCUUACGAGCACGAUUCCACCACACUGGCGUUGUUAACGUGCGGGGCAUGGACAUCAUGUCCUUCUGCACGACCAUCACUGCCCCAGGGUUGCGACGAAUCGCACGGCAGGUGUGGAAGAUGACCAUAGACUUCGAAGACAUCCGUCCGACGCACGAGGGGCUGGAGCUGGUCUCCACCACCCUCACAUCGCUCACAUCCUGCACAGACCUCACCCUCCUAGGCUUGCCCUCCGUAGAGAAAGAUGGCUGGAUCCUCAGGGACACCACGUUCCAACUGGAGCGCUUCGCUACGAACUUAUCACCCACUUCUCCGGACGUCCUCGCGUUCCUCGAGGGCCAGUCGCAUAUCACCGAGCUAAAUACGAUGUGUCCCCAUCCGCACGUCGUGCGGCCGGAAGCGAUGCACCAGCCCGUUCCCUUCCCGAACGAGCUAAUCCCAGCUCUAAAUACCGUGGAAUGCCCGGCGCCGUUCCUCGUCUCGCUGCUCUGCCCAGCGCCAGAUGUGCGGCCACUCACCAGCUUGCGAGUAGACCUGAGCACACAAAACGCCCAAGUCACGGAGUCUGAGGCGCUCACUGCUCUCGGGACAAUCAGUGAGAACGUGGGGAGGCUAAGCCUGCGUCGGAGCAUGUGCCGCACUACAGCCAUGCCGCGACAUGUCGUCGAGCAGAACUUGACCGGCGCUAUCGAUCAGCUUGCCACAAAGAGUCCAUGGAAGAAGCUGAGAUUCCUGGAGAUGCGCGACGGAAUGUACGAUCUGGGAACCAUUCCGAGAUUGGCAGGGGUGAUUUCGACAUGCUUCCCACACAUCGAGACACUUGUAUGGGCACCGUCUGGUUAUCCGGGAGGAUCCAGAGUGGUCACUGCAUAUAUCGGAUCCAUCUUUCUCACUUUCUGUCGCUCCCUUAGACAGUUCGUGUGUUUGGAUAAUACUUCUGAUCCGGAAAACAAGCGAUAUAUGUCGGUGGAGAAACAGUCAGGAGGGAAGAUGUCGCAGUCAGAAAUAGACGCGAACGAUGCGGAGAAUAUGUGGAGAACAGUGACCAUUUAG